AUGCAGGCCGAGUUAAAAAUAUCCGACAUUCAUUCCCUAAGCAGGGAUCAGGCAUUCGAGAUUCUUACCCAGAUUUCGCGCGCCGAGAAGAAGACCUUCCCCGCCAAUGAGGCUUUUGGGUUCGGCCAGGAACUAUGGAGGAAGAAGCCGAACACGAGGGUCUUGUAUGCAACAAGAGCAACGCCUGGAGCAACCUCGUCUGUGAUCGCGUAUGCUGUCUAUGUUAGGCAGAAAGGAGUAGCUUUACUGCACAAGGUUUGUGUGGUGGAGUCAUAUCGCCGACAAGGCGUGGGGAUGCAGUUAAUGGAGUACAUUCGGUGCCGUCUACAAAAGGAGGGUUGCCAAUACAUCCAAUUAUGGGUAGACAAGGCUAGGGAUCCCGCCCGGUCCCUGUACUCUCGCACUGGCUUCGAAGAACGGGAAGUGAUUCCUGACUACUACGCGCCUGGGCGUACAGGGAUCAAGAUGGUGCUGGAUCUUGACGCUUGA